AUGACACCGCAAUCUUUACUCUACUUCGCUUGUGUUAUUUCUUUGAUAUUUGGGGCAAAUGGACAAUUUAAUCGAGUUCAUUUGACCAAAUUACAAGCUUUGGAUUGUCCUGAACCAGCGAUUACUCUGAAUAUCUUUUCUGGAACACCAAAUCCAUCAUGGAAAAUCAAUAAAGAACAAUUGUUAAGCAUGAAAAAGAUGGCGAACGACGCAUUACUGAAUUCGAAUAAUAAAACAACGUUGAAUAAACUCACAACACGAGUUAUGGGUUAUCAAGGAUUUACAAUCAGUUGUUCGGCUGAACAGUCCGUUUUUAUUCAUGGUUUGUAUCCAUUAGAACAAUUAUUGUUACGUGGUGGUCGUCGUCAUCUGUCCACAUCGAUUGUUGUUCAUGUUAAAAACCAUUUGGGUGAAGUGAUGAGUGAUCUUGAAGAUGUCAGAGAUGAUAAUGCAAAUUGUAAUCAUGUUCCAAUCCGAGGUCCUGACACAGUUCCUGCUUAUGAUCCAAGUACAGAUGAUAAUGGAUGUUUUAUUACGAAACAAUCGGAAAAUAAUUGUUAUGCUUAUGGUACUGAUAUUGUUACAAAUACGUUUCCACAACCUGGUCGAGGUAGUGGAAAGAAAUGGUCAUUCAAUACAUGUACCGACAUGGGUAAUGCGUCUGUUCGUGAUGGAUUAGUUUAUAAUGGUACAAAAUUACCAACUGCACCACCAGAAAAAGGUCAUUUCGUUGCAUUAUUCAUAUGGCCCGAUACCAAUUUUCACUGGAUAAGAAUGGACUCAAACGGUUAUUGGUCACAUAAACCAGGAGGUACAGCAGUUCGUAAUAAGGAUAAUCGAGGUUUACCAAUAACUGACCCAACCAAAUCGGAUUUCUCACCUUGGACACAAUACUGUGCAUAUUUUGUUGCUCAACCAUCAAAACUUCAAGUGAAUUAA